AUGAAUGCCAGUGCAGAGUACAGCGAUGACUCUGCUUUGGAAGAUCUCGUGGACUUGAUCACAUAUGAAUGCAAGAUCACUGGCAAAAAGUCAAAUGCGAUCGCUCCGCUAGAUGAUGCUGCCUCUUCUAUCUCAACUUGCAGCCCGAGCAGCCCGGAGCUGCACGCUGCGAGUGACGAUGCCAAAGAUGCCAGACCGCAGGUUUCAGUUCGUGAUGACAGCAACUGGGCCGAGCUGGCAGCUGACUUCCUGCAAGCUCAAACACUAGAGCAAAAGGAGUACAUUGUCACAUGCAAGGAAGUCGUGCUCCACGCGAAGUCUUCAAGCUCAAAGGACCCCGGAGUCAAGGCCCUGGCAAGGCUGAGCUUGGGCCACACGGAGGAGGGAGUGCACCGAGUUUUUGCGAAGCAGGGCCUUAGCCUGCCUGUGAAGAUUUCCUACGCCGACUUCGAAAAAUGCCCGAAGAUACCUUACAUAAAACUGUCUGACUGGAUACUGUAUUUAUCCUCGGCCUCGCGCUUGCACUUCCUAACUGGGGUGAAAGAUCCUCUGCAACGACACGCACUUUGCAAAGAGUUCUGGGCGAGGUGGCGGCUAGGCCACCCAAAUCAUCCCAUUUUCGCGAGCGGGCAGGAUUUGUCACGCUGCGUGCCAAUAUUGCAUCAUGGGGAUGAAGGCAGGACGUAUCGCCGCUUGGCGAUCAUGGUGCUGAGCACGCACGGGGUCCUUGGCAAGGGGACCCAUCACCACCAUCCCCCCACAGGUGUUCCACCUGCUCAGGACGAAAUGAGGAUGAAUUUCGUGGGCGCCACGAUCCUGAGCCACUACAUCUUCGCAGCCAUGCCACAUGGGCUCUACAAACAGGCUCCAGAUGUUUUGGAUCGGAUGCUGGCCAUCUACAGCGAGGACAUCCGCAGCCUGAGCGAGGACGGAGUUACUACGACGAACGAUGGCCACUUGUUCUUUUGGUGCAUAGGAAUCAAAGGCGACCUACCGUAUUUGGCCAAGACAGGUCACAUGGACCGCUCAUUCGGGCGAGGCCCGAAGCAAAGUUCCAGCAAAAAGCCCUGCGCAGGCGUCUGUUGGAAAUGCGACGCAGGACGAGAGGACCUUCCAUUCCCAUGCCCGUUCGAAGAUUGUACACUUGACGCCACCUGGCGACAGACAGUUGGCCGCAACCCCGGAUGGACGGUUCCCUCGCCAUUGCUGGCCAUACCGCAUGAUGCCACCGACCCCACUAGCUUUUUUGUUGAAGACUUGUGGCAUUGUUGGCACUUGGGAUGUGGAAAAUCCUUUAUUUCCUCCGUGAUUGUUGUGGUUGUCACCACAAUGAACGGGCCUUCCAUUCCAUACAAGCUCACGAAGCUCACAGCUGAUUUCCGUGCCUACUGCAAAAGAAAGAAGAUCUACUGCAGCAUCUCCGCCAUCACGCAGGAUCUGCUGGCUUGGGACUCAACUGCGGCGAUGCCGCAAGGCUCCUGGCACAAAGGAGCAGUGACAACCUGUUUGAUGACCUGGAUGCAAGAUUUCCUUGCCCGAGACCCGGAGAUGAAAGAGUCCGUCAACGUGCUCCUGCCUGUCAUUGUUCCCACGCUCGAAAUGGGCAACAGAUUCAUGGGCACCCUCUACAAGAAAGGCGUCUGGAUUCGCAAGACCACGGCCAGAGCUGUGGCCGAAAUGGGCUACGCCUUUCUGCAAGGGCACAUGUUGCUGGCUCGCAUGUGUUUCAACGUGGGCCUUCAAAGAUUCAUUAUCCUGCCGAAGCAGCACAUGAUUUGCCACACGGUGUUCUGGAUGUUCGACCAAGCCGACAUCCCGCACUGUCAGUGGGUUCUUAACCCCUUAGUUUUUAGCGUUCAGAUGCAAGAAGAUUUCAUAGGAAAGCCAUCCAGGCUUUCCCGUCGGGUUUGCCCCAAGCUUGCCAUGCAUUCAUUGCGCACGAUCCAACGUGCACUUCUGAACAUGGCAUCAGAAUUUGAUGCAGCGGAACAGGCCAGCUAG